AUGAAGAGUAACGAAAAGAGAGGCCGUAACGCUCAAGGCCAAAUGGAGCAAAGGAAAAUGCCAAAUCCAAAUUCAGAGGGAAGACCUCAACAUGACGCGUCACGAUUAAACCCUUCACCAGGGAGUUGUGGGGCUGAAAGAAAGAGGAAAGGCAACUCCGACCUGAACAUUUGUACAUACAAUACAAGAACCUUAAGAACACAAGAUGAUCUAGAAAGACUUCUGGAAGAAAUAGAAGACUUCAAUUGGGACAUAAUAGGGUUGUGUGAAACCAAAAGGCACGGUGAGGGACUUACCCAAACAAACGACGGGAUAUGGAUAUAUGACUCAGGGAAAAUGGAAGAAGAUCCAAACAACAAAGGUCUAGGCUUCAUAAUUCACCCAAGAAUUAAGGAUCAUGUGAAAGGAUUCACUAAACACUCAAACCGGAUAAUUUCCAUGAAUAUAAACCUCAUCAAAGAAGGGACAAUGACAAUUGUGCAAGUCUAUGCACCAACUCAAGACUAUAGUGAAGAGGACAUUGAAUCAUUCUACGAGGACCUAAGCAAGGUACUACAGGACAACAGACUGUCAGAAUACACCAUUGUAAUGGGAGAUUUCAAUGCUAAAAUUGGAAUAAAAAAACAGGAUGAAACAUUCUCAUGCAUUGGCCCAUUUGGCACAGGUACAAGGAACGAUAGAGGAAAUACAUUGAUAGAGUUCGCCAUCCAAGAAAAACUCAUCAUUGCCAACACUCUAUUCAACAAACCGCAUUAUAGAUACUGGACAUGGAGGAGCCCAAACGCCAUCACAACAAAUCAAAUCGACUUCUGCUUAGUCAGCCAGAGAGGUAUCGUACACAACUGCGAAGUCAUCACCAAGGUAGAUAUUGGAAGCGACCACUUAGGAUGGUGA